AAAAAAAAAUAAACAACAACCCGAGCCUCGUUCUUACUUUGAAGGCGGCGCGACGGAAGUUCCGGUCGGUCGAGAGCUUCCGCACGCGAGCUUGACGUCGUCCGCCGUCGGUCGUGGGCGCUCGGCGCACGGGCGCGCGCUCCCGACGGCGAACCGCAGCGCGCGCGCGCGUCAACCCGCGAUGGCAGCAGGAGGACGCCAUGGCGGCUGAAGACAAAGCGAGCCGCGAGGAGGGCGGGCGGCGGGCGUUCGCGGCGCGGGCGUGGGGCGCCGCCAGCUUGGCCCUGAGCGCGCUCUCCCUGCUGCUGCUCGUCACGGCCAUCGGCACCGAACACUGGUACGAGACGGACACGCGGCGCCACCGCGACAACUGCGAGCGGCAGGGCGCCGACUCGGGCGGCCAGCAGAACCGCGACAUGCCCAUCUACCUCCUGCCGCUGCUGGACACGGGCGCGACGGGCGCGACGGGGCAAAUGGACGACAAUUCUGCUGACGUCAUCCUUGCGCGCGUGUGCGCAGGGAUCGCGGAGCGCUGCACGGCGGUCAAGUAUCAUUUUUCUCAACCGAUCCGACUGAGGAACAUCCCUCUCAACCUGACCAGAAGCAUCCAGCAGGACGAGUGGCAUCUGCUGCACCUGCGUCGCAUGACGGCGGGCUUCCUGGGCAUGGCGGCCGCCGUCCUGCUGUGCGGCAGCAUCGUGACGGCCGUGGGCUUCUUCUGGGAGGGCAGCCUCACGCGACACGUGGCCGGACUCCUCUUCUUCAUGGCAGGCGUCUUCUGCGCCAUCUCUCUGUGCACGUACGCGGCCAGCGUGACCUACGACCUUUCCCGCAAGCCGCCCUUCAUCUACGGCCUCCCGGACGACGUGGACCACGGCUACGGCUGGUCGGUGGCUCUGGCGUGGGCCAGCCUGGCUCUCAGCGUGGCCUCGGGCUGCCUGGGCGCCGCCUUCCCGCUCCUGGGCCGCGCGGGACCC